AUGCAGAGAUCUAUUAUUUGUUUUGGCUUUUUACUUCUCUUGCUGGAAGGUGCGCAGUCAGCAUUUAACUGCUCAGCGCCGCCGAAUUUUAAUAAUUUUGACAUUAACACUUGCUGCCGCACCCCGGAACUGGAUAUGGGGGAUGUGCCCCAAAAGUGCCACAAAUACGUGAGUGGGUUGAGCUCAGCGAACUCAAAAUAUCCCAGCUUCGCUCAUCUGUGCUAUCCAGAUUGUAUCUACAGGGAAACGGGGGCCAUGGUGAAUGGAAAAAUAAGAAUGGAAAGGGUUAAGCAGUACUUGGAAGAGCACGUUCAUCGCCGAGAUCAGGAUAUUGUCACGCAAAUAGUGCGCUCCUUUGAGUCCUGUCUGUCCAACGUUAAGGCCCACAUGAGGUCAUCGAACAUCGAGUCCUACCAGGUCCUGCCCCACGGCUGUUCACCCUUUGCUGGCAUAAUCUACAGCUGUGUGAAUGCCGAGACCUUCCUCCAUUGUCCCCCCAAAAUGUGGAAGAACGAGAGGCCCUGCAACUUGGCCAAGGAAUUCGCCGAACAGUGCAACCCACUGCCCCAUGUUCCGCUGCCCAGCAGCUGA